AUGGAGCUGGAAGUGGAUAUCGUCAGACAAAAUUUGAACAGUGGUGGGACAAAUGUCCCAGUGUUUGAUGAUUCUCAAAACUUAGAAGAAUUUCCUGAUAAUUUAAAGGGAAAUGACCCGAGUUCAAACCCCGAACAAGAAGUCUACGAGCCUGACAUUUCAUCCAUGGGCUCCGAUUCAACUCUAUACAACGAAGUAGACGAAUCCACACAAGUGGUUGAAAAUUGUAAUUUAGAAACUAAAAAUGAGGUUAAUCUUGAUAAUUGUCCAAAACUGAUAAUGUGUGACCAAAAUUCAUACCAACAACAUGUUGAGAAUCAUACCAAUUCUGGUACUAGAGAUAAGAAUGAUCCUGGUACCAAAGAUGAUGGUGAAGGUGAUAUAUUAAUGGGUAUGAAUAACGAAAAUGAAAUGUUACCCGAGGGAUGGGUAAGAUGUGGAAAUGGUUUGAAAACUGAGUUUCCAAACACUCCAAAAAACAAUUUGGAAGGUGAUUUUGAGUCCAGUAAUCUCUUUAUUGACUUUACUAACAAUCAAACAAAUUUUAUGGUUAAUAAUUCAGUAAAAAACUCACUGAUGUCGUUCGAUAGAAGUGCAGUUAAGGAGCUGAAAGAAGGCUUUGUUUCCAUAAAGGCGUCCAAACCUCUCUCAGAUAAAUUUUUACAUCCCAAACACAGGGAACAACAGACUCCUAAAACCAAUAGCUUUCCAAACGGAAAACCUAAUACAAGAAAUGUCAAGGUGAAGGGAACUAACCUCGUCACUUUCCAGCACUCUUUGAGGAACAAUACCUAUCUAAACUCUCCUAAUGAAGAAUUUUGCAAUAUCAAUUCUCACAAUGACUCUGAAUAUAAGAAGAAUCUUAUCUCUCAUGUUGAGGAUCUUGUAAGGAAAUACAGGCAACUUGCUAUCGAUGCUGUGAAUGCAGCAAGGGACGAGCAGAAGAAGUGUAAAGAGGAGUGCCAAAAGGCCUAUUCAACUGCCUACAAUGCAUGUCUAAAGUAUGAAAAGGAUCUCAAAAACACUGUUAAGUUUGCCCUAAAGGAGUACCAUCACAACAGCAGAGAUGAAUACUGGUCUCCGCCAGACCAGAGGAACAAUUUUCAUGGGACUAACCAGGCCCUUAGGAACAAUUAUAGGGAUGAGAGGGUGGUUAACCACCGUCUUCUAAAACAGGACCUAUCUUACAAUUAUGAAGUCGACGAGUUGCUAUUAACUGACUUUGAAAAUAACGUUUGUUGA